AGUAACCUUAAAUAGUAAAAUAUUCACUGUGUAACCGCUGGCUCCCUCUGACGGGCCUAUGCGUGUCUCUAUAUACUGUCUUUAUAAAUCUGCAUAUCCCUCUUCUCAUUCCCCAAAUCUUCUCUCCAGAAACACAAGAAUGGCGAACAAUGAAAAGCAAGCGGCUUCUUCUCCAGAGAACUUGUUGGAUGAUUUUUUCGGUAUCAAGCAACACCCUGAUUCUGCGAGUGUUCUUGCCCUCUUAUCAUCGAAACCCAAGGAUUCCGACACCGCAAAUUCUGCGCCAACAAGACGUAUGCCUAUGUGUCUCGGUGGAAGUCAGGCCUGGAACCGUAACCAAGGGAGUUUUCCCCAGGAUAGCGGUGCUAACAAGGAAAACAAAUUAACUUUUCCGCAAGAAAGUGUGCAUCCAUCUCCUCUCAGCUCAUCUAUAUACUAUGGAAGCCUAGAAGAUAUGUAUGUCCAAAGUUCAAGUUCUCAAGCUUCAAAGUCCUAUCCUACUUACUACAAAUAUGAGAAUGGAUAUAGACGUGAAGGAAGAAGUGUUGAAGAUGAAGGUGCUGCCACCAUUAAAUGGUGGGAAGGAUCAGUCUACUAUUAAGAAGUAGUCUCUGGAAGGCAUGUGAAUUCUCCUUUAUUUGCCAGGGAAUUUACCAAGCCGACCGUAUCUUUAUAGAUUACUUUCUGUGGAUAUAUGGAUAGCGCCGCAGUAUUUAGUAGGUGGUUGUGUGAAUGGAUGGCAGAGUUUAUCACACAUUCCCCUGUUAGUACAACAGACAUGUUCUUUUAUAUACAUUUAUACCUUUUUUGGUUUUUCCAUUAGACGGUAAGAGUAAUCUUAAGCCAUCAUAUGAUGUUGCUCUCUUUCAUUUUCUGAUGCAACUUGACCAUUGUUUACCUUCAAGUUGUUGCAGAAUUUGUUUAUCAUCAAUAAUAGUAGCAGCAUAUAUCUUUUGGACAUGCCUUGCUACUAACAUGCAAGAAUAAGAUGGUAUAUUCUGUGAUAUUGAAUAAUCUUUUUCAGUGAUCA